AUGGUGGUCAGCUACCUGCCCCCCCAGCACGGGAACAACACACCUAGCGUAAAGCCCGUCAGCCGUGUGCCAGUGCCAGUGCCAGUGCCAGUACUACCGGUCUGCCAGCAGGCCAGUGCCGAGGUGUUGGUGCUGGUCGCCUCCAUCCAGACACCAAAGCCAAGCCCAAAAGGACAAGGCGAGAAUUUCGCUCGGUUGUUCUCCGGCCUCAAGAUGGAUAUACCGAUGGAUACGGUUAUGGAUUGCGUGCGGAUGGAGAAAACGAGGGUGAGAAAAUCGUGGAAGCGCGGGAAAGGGCUGGUCCAUGAAUCACGCGUCAGGUCACGGCGUGCUGGGAACCGAUCGACCAGUGUGCCGGUCUCGUCAAUGAGGCAUCGUCCACUUGUCGUCGCUGUUGCCGUUGUCGUCGCAGGGUGCACACCACCUGAUCACCACGGGCGCCGUCGUCUCAAAGAGAGAGCCAAGCUGCCCUGGCUGCAUGGAACAAAAAGCGGUCUGGAGGCGGUUUUUCUAGAAGGUUUGGAGCAACACCAGGGCAACGAAUGGCAGUCGCCAAGUGGCGCGCAAGUAGAAAGAAGCCAUGCUCUGACCAAUCAGGAGCGUCGAGCUAUGGAGAGCCUCAAGGGCUGCAAGAACAACGGGCAUGGAGGUGGGAACGAAAUAUGUGCCGCACAUGCACAUGCUAGCAAGGGAAGUAACCGUUAUAACCCGGCGAUUAUUCCCGUCACGAGCGAAGAGAAAGCAAAAGGUAAAAAGAGAUUGACAGCCGAGACAAGAGAGGCUGGCAUGCGACCAAUCGAGGGCCAGUAA